AUUUCGACCACCGAGUAUGUCGAGACCCAGACGGAGCUUGGCUUUGGUGCCUUUGGCGUCGUUGUCCUUGGCUCGUACGCGGGUCAAAACGUUGCAAUCAAGAAGUUCAGACACGCCGAUUGUCUCAAGUCGUUCGAGGCCGAAGUCGGCACCCUCCUUGCGUGCCCGUCGCCGUACCUUGUGCGCCUGGUGGCUAUCGCAGACCGCAACUCCAAGACGCCAACGCUGCUCUUCGAGUACAUGGACGGUGGCAGCCUUCGGACGCACCUCGACCAGAAGCGCAUCAACAUGCACACGGCAGCACACGUGACCAACCUCCACGUGGCCUGGGUCGUCGCCAACGCCUUGCUCCAUCUCCAUGCCAAGAAUUUGAUCCACCGCGAUGUUAAGAGCGACAACGUCCUCUUGAGCUCGAGCGACGAGAUCAAGCUCGCCGACCUCGGCUUGGCACGACCCGAGGCAACGAGCAUGACCGAAGCACCUGGUACCCGGUACUGGAUGGCGCCCGAGGUCCUCCAAGCGCAAGGUGCCGUCUACGGCUGCCCCGCCGACAUUUACGCGUUCGGCGUUCUCCUUACCGAGCUCGACACGUGCGAACUGCCGUACUUUGACCAGGACUUCCAAGACCCGAUUGCGUUCAACCGCGGUGUCAUCAAUGGCACGCUUCGUCCGACGCUGACGACCGAGUGCGAGCCAUGGCUGCGCACGCUGGCCGAACGCUGCCUGCGUGCCGAUCCGAAGGAGCGCCCGACAGCGGCGUCCAUUGUCGAGAUGCUCAGCGUUGAGAUGGCGGCUGCCCCGCCACCAGGCAUGAGCGUGGCGAAGACAUACCUGCACGCAGUGGCAACGGACGACGUCGACACGGUCGCGCAGCUGCUGACCCACGGUGUACCCCUGGACUGGAAGCUACCGGGCGGUGCGUCACUGCUUUUGGCAGCAACGGCGGCGCGUGCCACCAAGACGGUGACGUUUCUCCUUGAUCGCGGCGCCAAUGUCAAUGACCCGAGCGGAGGCCAAACGCCACUGCACGCCGCUGUGACCAAGUCUUUUGAGGAAUUUCUCCUCAUUUUGAUCGACGCGGGGGCGGACGUCGAAGCACGCGAUCAAGAUGGAAGAACGCCUCUGGCGUUCGCCCUGAAGAAACAGCUUUUGCAAUGCGUGACGGCGCUUCUCGCCACGGGGGCCAGUGUCGAGCGUCUUGACGAGGACGGAUGGGAGCUACUUGACAUGGCCAAACGGGACCAAACCCUCGCCGACCUUGUGCGGAUGCUCCACAUCGCUGCGUCACGGAAAGAAAACGUUGCAAAUCCCGAGAUCUUUUGCGUCAACUGUGGCAACUGGCACGCCGUUCACGCGGUUUGUUCGUGUGGCCACAACGCUUCGCCGACGGACCGCAUGGUCGCGGUGGUUCGGCGCUUGAUGCGGCUGCACCAUCGCGGCUACGCCGUCAACUGGGCGCGAACCUGCGCUUCCACCACUUGCCACCAGUCGACAAUGACUAUCGUGGACGCGAUCUGCCCCGAGUGCGGCACCGAGUGCGGCACCGAGUCGCCGAUGGAUGGAAACGAGCUCAAGAUUCUGAGCGUGCGCCUCAAGCGUGCUCUCCAACAACCGACGAUUGCGGCCGAGACCUUACCAAAGGCGGGUGUACCCAUGAUGUUGCAUGACCAACUGGUCGUGCAUUACCACAUCGGCGACGACGACGAUCUCGAAGCCAUUGCCAUGUGCUCGUCGCCCUUUCUCGUGUCCAUCGUGGCCACCGCGUCGCCCCAGAGCGUUCUUCUCAACGUCUCUCGCGUCCUGACUCUCCAGAACACGCUGCUGGCCCCGGGUGCUCGAUCGCGCAUGCUGGCAGCGGCUCCAACGCUUCUGCAGAUCCUCUACGUAAUCGCCAACGCGCUUCUCGACGUUCACGAGCGCAGUCUCGUCCACGGAUAUCUCUCGAGCCACAACGUGUUUAUGAGCCGCAUCGGCGGUAUCCAAGUCGGCGUGCCCGGGAUGUCGGCGACCGACGAAGCGCUGCUGGCAUGGACGGCCCCCGAGGUGCUCACCGGCGACGCGCCGCCCUCGUCGGCCUCUGACAUUUACGCGUUUGGUAUUCUCAUGACGGAGCUCAACACGUUCCAGCAGCCGUAUGAAGACGAAGCGUUCGAAGAUGAAGUCGCGCUCACGAUGGCGGUUGUCGACGGCGGCUUGCGGCCAAAUCUGCGCGACGAGUGUGAAUUUUGGUACCGGGACCUCGUCGGUCGUUGCCUGGACGCGGAUCCGAGCAAUCGCCCAACAGCAAAGGACCUCGUCGAGCUGCUGCAAGAACGGCUUGAUGACGAGCUGGCGGGGCACCAGGUGAAGAACGUCAAGGAGCUAGUACAGGUGUCCGACAUCGAUCUCGACGCGCCCACCGACAUGCGUCGUCUUCUGCGACCGCCUAUCGUCUGA